CUCGCCGGAUUUCGAAGAAGAAGGACGUUGCCUUAAACUCCGCGUUGUUUUUCCCCGAAAAUUCGUCUAAAACUCACGCAAAUCGCAAUAAAAGUGGUAAAUUCGCAAACAAUUACCAGUGAACAGUGCAAGUGCAUGGAAAACGAUCCCAAAGAUAGUAAAAAAUAGACGCAAGUGCGAAUUGCGGGCUUUUUUGUGUGGCCGUCGCAGAAUGUGUGGCACAAAGCGGAAAGCGCGCUAAGUGAGCGUGCGAGCGCCCAAAUCGCAGAGAAAUGUAAAUAAAUAAACGUGUAAAGCCGCGACAAUUGUGAAAAGUCAACAAACGCGCCAGUUGGCCAGUGAAAACUACUGGAAAACCAGAGACAAGGAAACCACCCAUACGAUGGUCGAAGGUGUUCCCAUUUUCAGAAUUCUUAUCGGGCAACGACUGGAGUAUGAUUGAGUUGGCCUCGCCACCGAUUCGCGUCUGGUUCUGGCUGCGGUACGGUAAUACCAACACCCGGGUGGACCUGUGAUGUUCUAGUGCGAUCCCCACAAUUCGCAGUUCGCUGGAGGACGGGGGAAUGGAACAUGCCCGUGGAUAUGCAUAAGAACGUAUCAGUUCAAGUCGAUAGUGAUUUUGCCUUAUUGCUACCCAGUGGAGUUUAUGAAAUCAAGAAAAUGGAACCGCGCUCCAAAAUACGAACAAUCAUUGUAUUUUGUCUCUUUCUGGCCAUCGCCGGUAUCAUCGGAUUCGGUUACUUUUGUCAAGAUCAGGUAUGCGCCCUAUCCAAACGCGCCGUGAUACUGCAAUCCUCGGAUAUCCUUGCCUAUAAUGAGCUCCCACUCCAUCAGGCCAACAGCAUUAAUGGCAACAAUGUGGGAGGCGGCAUUACGGCCAUGGCCUCCAAGUCCUCGGUCUCCGCGCCGCAGAACAUCAUCGCCAAUGCAGGGCUGAGCUACGAGGAUGUGCUGAACGAUGAUUUCCAGUUCGAUAUGGAUGGCCACGAUGUGAUGGUCUUUCUGCACAUCCAGAAGACGGGCGGCACCUCGUUUGGCCGCCAUUUGGUCAGGGAUUUGGAUCUGAAGCGUCCUUGUGAAUGCCAGCGGCAGAGAAAGCGUUGCUACUGCUUCCGGCCGCAUCGCAACGAGAACUGGCUAUUCUCCCGCUACUCGACGGGCUGGAAGUGCGGCCUGCACGCCGACUGGACCGAGCUGACCAGCUGCGUGGACGUGGAGCUGGACAAGAACGAGGGCGAGACGGCCAAGCGGCGUUACUUCUACAUCUCGCUGCUCCGCCAGCCCAUUGCCCGCUACAUGUCCGAGUACCGGCAUGUGCGGCGAGGGGCCACCUGGAAGGGAUCGCGCCACUGGUGCCUGGGUCGCCAGGCCACCGCCGCCGAACUGCCCGCCUGCUACAAGGGCAAGGAUUGGCUGGACGUGGAUCUCGAUCAGUUCGCCGGUUGUGAGUCCAAUUUGGCAGCCAACCGGCAGACCCGCAUGCUGGCGGAUCUGGCUUUAGUGGGCUGCUACAACAAAUCCUCGAUGCCCGCCCACGAACGGGAUCGCGUGAUGCUGGCCAGCGCAAAGCGCAAUCUGGCCGCCAUGGCCUACUUUGGACUGACUGAAUAUCAAAAGAUGUCCCAGUACAUAUUUGAGGAGACCUUCAACCUGCGCUUCGCCAUACCCUUCGAGCAGCACAACACCACAAUCUCGGCGACUGCUGUCCAGAAUCUUCGAAGCGACCAAAAGCGUCGCAUCGAGAAGCUCAACGGGCUGGACAUCGAGCUGUAUGCCUUUGCCAAGACUUUGCUCUUUCAGCGUUUCGAACAUCUGAAGGCAAAGGACACAAACUUUGAGCAGCGCUAUGCCAACCUGGGCAACAUCUACUUCAAGCAGGGCGUCACGGAAUUCAACUGGGACAGCAAUGUGGAGGAUGGGCUCAGCACGGAUCAUUGAACUCGAAACCAAAUAUUACCGUUUAGAAACUAGAUUGUAGGACACACACCAACUCAUAAUUAUGUAGCUGGGCAGGGCAGAAUAGGAGGGGUGGUCACCGAGGUUACCGAAACGCAGAAACGCAAAAGCAUCAGCAUAAAAAUCAACCGAAGGACUUUAAACUACCGUCUAAGCAAUAAUGUUAAUUAAGCAGAUAAAAAACAUCUAGCAGACUUGGCUUGUUUCAUUCAUACAUAAGUAACAACACACAACUAAAGGACAGAUGAGCGAAAUCUCAGAGCGCGUAAUAUCUCUAAACCUAAACCUAAGCACAACUAUGAAAUCUAUGACCAUAACUGUACUCCCCAUGCUGAUACGCGUAGCACCCCCCAGAAAAUCUUAGAAAUUGUAAAUACUUUGCAUAAUAUGUGUAUUUUAUAAAAGCGCGGGAUCCCC